GAAACACCACGGGCCCUAGUUCAAAAAUUGCCACCACGUAGCGCUUUAAAAUCAUGCGAAAUACCUUAUGCUAUUACUCGCUCACUAUUAGAGUAAAACUUGUUUUGAAAACUGAUUUAUUCUUGUAAUAUCUAUAUCCAUGCCGCUACCAUGUCGAUUUAUUUUUAUUUUUUAUUUAAACAAAAAUAAAUUUAUUAAUUUCAAAGGGAACAAUUUUUUCAAGAAAAACAGGUAGUCAUUUUGAAGAUUUGAUGAUAAAAAAUUUUUAUCAUUUUUCAGCUUAAAAAUCGAACCAGUGGUUCCAUCGGAAUCAUAUUUACAAGUUUUAUCUCUAUGAUUUUUUAUGUGCUCCUACCCUCCACCCUAUCCACACGUCACUCAGGCACCUUCCACCCUAACACACAAGUCACUCAGCCACCACCCCACCCACAAGUCAGCCUUCAUUGUUAGUGCUCAGGCUGGUCACAACUUUCUUAGUUCUUCAGCUUGUUCACUUGUCAUAUUGACAGUGAUCGUGGCUAGUCCUAGGACAUAGUAUUUCCAGACGCACUUCACAUAUAAUUUAAAAUGGAUUCAAGACAUACGGUGAAGGGAAAGAAGAAGUUGGUUCUUUCAGCCAGGAGAAUGAAAAGGCGGCUACCACCAGAAUUUCAUGCUAACAGACGUAGAAGGAUUGAAGAACAAACCUUAUCGCUCGAAGCGCCUUCAUCUUCCCAGGCUGACAGUGUUUCAGCAGAUGCCAUUUCUGUAUCCACUGAGAACUUUCAACCCAGUGCAACGUCAACUCCUAAAGGAAAGAAGAGAAGACCACACAAAAGAAAAGUACCAGCGCAUUUGAUGAAAUGGAGAUUACAGCAAAAGUGCAAGGGCAACUACAUGUAGCUGAUAAAAAAACCUGUUAUUUUGUAGUAUGGACAAAAAAAGAUAUCCAUAUCGAAAAGAUCGAGAGGGAUGACAGGUUUUGGACCGAGAAAAUGGAGAAAAAAUUAAUUUAUUUUUACCAUCACGCCUUGUUGCCAGAGAUACUGGAUCCUCGAACGUGUCGAAGUAUGGCAAUCAGGGAGCCAUCAAUCCCAUUUUCUCAUUUUUAAAUAAAGUAUCAUUGAAAAUUAUCAAAUCUAUUGGUUUUUUGUUUGUCCUUCUUGGUUCCUAUAAAAUAAACAGUUGUAAUAACAUUAAAAAUUAAGAACAUGGAUUAAAAACGUUGA